CUCUCCGGGUCUUUGAUGUUUCCGUGCUGCGGCUCCGGUCGUGUUUUGGUCAGGACUCGGGAGGAGGCCGAAAGAUGACAGCCAGAAAGUCCGGGUCGCGAUUAGAGACUGAAAUAGAGCGCUGUCGAUCAGAGGGACAAUGGGACAAGAUACCAGAACUCGUGCGGCAGCUGUCUGCGAAACUCAUCUCAAACGAUGAUCUCGGGGAGCUUCUGCUGGGGGAGGCCAAACUCCAGCAGUACCUCAAGGAAAACCCCAUCAAGCAGGGAGCCAGUCCCCGCGGGCCCCGACCACGCCUCCAGGAGGUACGGAAACACUUGACGGCUGCACUUGAUCGGGGAAACUUAAAGCCUGAAUACAUGCAGGAGGCAGUUUGA